UGGCAGCACUCGUGCGACGGGCUCGUGUGACGGGGUCUCGCGCGAUGGCCUCGUACCACGGGGCGCUCGUGCGGCAGGGCCUUGUAGGACAGGGGCCUCGUGCAAGAGGCCUGGUGGGACAGGGGCUUGCACCGCGGCAGCCUCGGGGCCGGGGGCCGCACUGCGGAGGCCUGGCCCUGGCUCCAGAAGAGGGGCGGGAGCUGCGAGAGGCUAGGCUGCUUUUACAGCCCUGAGCAGGGGAGUCACUGCAGGGGGGAACCACAGCCCGAAUAUUAGCAGCAUUACGGUGCCCCAGGACCCGCCCUGGGGUGUGGGGGGGCCACAGCAGGGACCUCGCCCUGGCCCGCUGGAGCGGGCUGCUCUGCUCCUGAAGGGCCUGGGGUGCUCCGUAGGGGUGCAUGGGCUGGGGGCUCAAGGAUGGCCCCGGGGGUGCGAGCCGUGGUUGUGCAGCUCCUGGCGCGCAGCGGGGUGCCCCGGACCCCCGGGGGUUCCCAGCCCCUUGGAUCGGAGCCAGAGCAGGGGCUGGGGCCAGGCCUGGUGCGGGGCGGGGGCACCAAGUGCCUGGAAAGUCCCUGGCCCAGGCAAGGCACAUCCCAGCCCGAGGUCCCGGCGAGGACACGGAGGAGGACACGGAGGCAGCAAAGCAGAGGCCAGGUUGGGGGCAGGCAGAGAAUGUGUGUGUGUGUGUGUGGGGUGGGGGGGCGGCACGUGUGCGUGCCCAAGUGCAGGGGCUGUGUGUGUUUGGAGCUGGGGGAGGCUGCGUGUGUCACAGCAGGUGUGUGGGAGGCUGUAUGGGGCAGCGCUGCGUGCGAUGCGGCCACACACGUGUGCAGGUCCGGGCCAGCUUGCACGUGUGGUGGCUGCCUGCACACAUGUGCAUGUGCACACGUCCUUGUGCCCCCCUGUGCACCGGCCUCUCCCUGCUGAGUGCUGAUGUCAGCGCGCGCGGCCGGCCCCCACCCUGCCCCGUCCCUGGCAGGCCCUGGCGCUGACGCCAACCCGAGGUCCAGCCCCGGGAGUGGGCCGGAGCCGAACUGCAUCCUGCCUGGCUCAGGGCCGAUGCUGGCGGUGUCAUUGGUGUCACGAACCCCACGGGGCUCAGCCUGCCCUCUCCCCUGGCUCCUCGGGCUCCCUUGGCCUGCCUGGGUCCACUGCGGGGCAUGCAGCCUGCCUGGGCCAGCCCCAGGCGACUGCGGACCCCGGACCCUGGCAGGCCCUGGGCCAUGGCAAUGACCUCAGCGCCACGGGAAGGAGCUAUUGUGCGUCAGGAAGCCCCGUCCUGCCGCGGGCCGGCCCUGCCUCAUUGUUUCCAGCUGCACGUCCGAUCCCACGGGCAGGCAGGCGCUGGCCAGCAGGACCCCGCUCCCCUGCUGACAGGGCGAGGGGCUGCCCAGGCCGGCCACAGCCGGGCCAUGAAGCCGCGGGACACGCUGGAUGUGCUGUUUCGGGUGCUGGGGCGGAGGGGCAGUGCCCGGGCGCCAGGCACGUGCAGGCCAGGGAAGGGGCCAGAGCCGCACAGCUUCCGCGAGAAGGUGUUCAAGAAGAAGCACCGGGCCUGCGCCGCCUGCAAGGAGCCCGUCGAGGCCCAGGGGCUGAUCUGCAAAGUGUGUAAGAUUGCCAGCCACCGGAAAUGCGAAGCCAAGGUGACAUCGUCCUGCCAGCCGGCGCCCCCUCCUGAGCUGAGGAGGAACACGGCUCCGGCGCGGCGCAUCGAGCACUUGGGCUCCACUAAGUCCCUAAACACGGGGAAGCAGCGGAGUACCCUGCCCAGGAGCUUCAGCCUGGACCAAGUGAUGGAGCGCGCCUACGACCUGGACCUGACGUACAUCACCGAGCGCAUCAUCUCCGUCUUCUUCCCCCCGGGGCUGGAGGAGCAGCGCUACCGCGGCCACCUCCGCGAGGUGGCCCAGAUGCUCAAGUCCAAGCAUGAGGACAAGUACACGCUCUUCAACCUGUCGGAGAAGCGCCACGACAUCGCCCGCCUGAACCCCAAGGUGCAGGAGUUUGGCUGGCCGGAUGGGCACGCGCCCCCCCUGGACAGGAUCUGCUCCAUCUGCAAGGCCAUGGAGAGCUGGCUGCACGCGCACCCCCAGCACGUCGCUGUGCUGCACUGCAAGGGGAACAAAGGCAAGACAGGCGUCAUCGUGGCGGCCUACAUGCACUACAGCAAAAUCUCCGCCAGCCCAGACCAGGCGCUGAGCACGCUAGCCAUGCGCAAGUUCUGCGAGGACAAGGUGUCCGCAGCCCUGCAGCCCUCACAGAGGAGGUACAUCAACUACUUCAGCGGGCUGCUCUCGGGCGCCAUCAAGAUGAACAGCCACACGCUGUUCCUGCACCACGUCCGCGUGCCCGCCCUGCCCGCCUUCGAGGCCCGUGGAGGAUACCAGCCCUUCCUGAAGAUCUACCAGUCCAUGCAGCUUGAGCGGCUGACUCUAGGUAGCCUGACUGGCCCUGGCACCCAGAAGCUCUGCAUCACCUUGGAGCCAGCCCUGCUGCUGAAAGGGGACGUGAUGGUGAAGUGCUACCACAGGCAGAGCCACGGGGCUGAGCGGGACGUGGUUUUCCGGGUGCAGUUCCACACCUGCACCGUCCACGGCUCCCAGCUCUGGUUCAGCAAGGACGAGCUCGACGAGGCCUGGACAGACGAGCGGUUCCCCUUCGAGGCCAGCGUGGAGUUCAUCUUCUCCUCGGGCCCCGAGAAGAUCAAAGGCUGGGAGGCAGUGGGCAACGGCCCCGGCGUCAGCGUAGACUACAACAUCAGUGAACCAGCCGUGCGCUGGGACUCGUACGAGAGCUUCAACGUGCACCACGAGGACAGCCUGGAAGACCUGUCGCACACGCAAGGGCCCCUGGACGGCAGCCUGUACGCACGGGUACAGAAGAAGCGGAGCCUGCCAGGUCCCGUGGGCAGUGCCAGCCCUGAGUCACCCCCACUGGCACGUGGCCUCCUGUCCGUGAGCAGCGACUCGGGCCACUCAUCCAUGUUGACGGAGCGGGCAGACGAGGCCACGCCACCCGCCCGCGCCCUGCCAACACCCGCUGAGCGUGAGGAGCUUGACCGCCUCCUGGACGGCUUCGGCGUGCCGUCCCCCCGGGCUGAGCCGGAUUGUCUCCCCGGCAAUGGUGCCCGGACCCGGGAAACAGCCAUCUUGGAUGACGAGGCCACGCCGGGGCCCUACCCCAUGCGGCGCCGUGGCCUGGCUCGCCACUGCUCCUGCCACGCCGGCUACCUGGGCACUGCCAGCCCCGAGAGGCCACCCACCAGCAUCGGCUACAGGCCCGAGGGCACCCUGGAGCGCCGGCGUCCAGCUUACAGCGCCAACGGGCUCCCCCUGCGCCCCGACGGCUUUGAGCUGCCCCAGCCUGGCUCAGCCUCCCCCGACGGCACCCACGGCUACGAGCCCCCGGGCAUGGAGCCCGGCGAUGGAUACCUGCGACCUGGCUCCAUGCACCCUGAGCUGCCACCACCCGGCGAGGGGGCACCUUGGAGAGAUGUCCCCGAUGGCCCAGGCUCCUUGCGGCGUCCUCCGCGGGAGCCCUGCAGCCCCUGCCUGGCCCCUCCCAGCCUGCCGGAGCCACCUGCCCCCCUGCACACCAGCAGCCCCGUGCAGAGCCAGGACAGCACCACGUACGGCACCCCGGAGAGCCCGGUGCCCCCCAGCCCUGCGGAUAUGGCCCCAUCCAGCGCCACCAGGACCCUGGAAAGGCCUCCAGCUUCUUCAGCAGGGGCAUCUGCCUCGGGCUCUCCCCCACCCACCAGCCCUGCCCCACGGAGCCCCUUUGCCAGCUACCGAGCCGCGGCCACGCUCCGGGCCACGCCGGCCCACAACGGGCCCCCCCAGGCUGAGCCCCGGCCAGGCACCCUGCCCCGCUGUAGCAGCGGGAGCCCCCUCAGCACCCAGCCACCAGCCUCCCCAGAUGCCCAGGGGUCGCCCACACCGGCCUUCCCACUGGCCACGGCAUACUACACGGGGCGGGAAAGCAGCCUCCAGCCGCAGCCGCAGCCACCCCUGCCUGAGAAGCGCCACGCGGUGCCCGCAGGGCUGUGGGAGAGGAGCCCCCUGCCCAGCCGCAGCCCCGGGGCCCCUGCCCACGUCAGCUUUGCCCCCGACGCCACCACACCAGACCCGCAGGCAGAGGGGCCCGGCCACAUCCAGUUCGUGCAGGAUACAUCCAAGUUCUGGUACAAGCCCAGCCUGUCCCGGGACCAAGCUAUCGCCCUGCUCAAGGACAAGGAGCCAGGCGCCUUCCUCAUCCGCGACAGCAACUCCUUCCAGGGCGCCUACGGGCUGGCACUCAAGGUGGCAACGCCCCCGCCCAACUGCGCCCCCCACUCCUCCAAGGGGGACCCCAUGGAGCAGCUGGUGCGGCACUUCCUAAUCGAGACGGGAUCCAAGGGUGUGAAAAUAAAGGGCUGCCAGGAUGAGCCCCACUUUGGCAGCCUGCCAGCCCUGGUGUCACAGCAUGCCAUCACCCCCAUCUCACUGCCCUGCCGCCUGCGCAUCCCCAGCAAAGACCCCACGGAGGAGAGCCCGGAGGUGGCCGUCCCUGCCAACAUGAGCACGGCCGCCGACCUGCUGCGACAGGGGGCAGCCUGCAGCGUGCUCUACCUCAGCUCGGUGGAGACUGAGUCGCUGACUGGGCCACAGGCCGUGGCCAAGGCGGCCAGCAGCACCCUGGCCUGCAACCCGCGCCCACCCGCCGCUCCCGUGCACUUCAAGGUCUCGGCCCAGGGCAUCACCCUCACUGACAGCCAGCGCAAGCUCUUCUUCCGGCGCCACUACCCUGUCAGCAGCGUCACCUACUGCAGCACCGACCCGCAGGACAGGAGAUGGACAAACCCAGACGGCACCACCUCCAAGCUGUUUGGCUUCGUGGCCAAGAAGCAGGGCAGCCCCUGUGAGAACGUGUGCCACGUCUUCGCCGAGCUGGACCCUGAGCAGCCAGCCGCCGCCAUUGUCAACUUCAUCACCAAGGUCCUGCUGGGCCUGCACCGGAAGUGAGGGCCCCCCGCCCGGGGCAACCCGGACACCUGGGUCCUCUUUCUGGAGCACCUCCAGGCCCCUGGACAGCAGGCUCCCCCUGCCCCCCUUGCUGGAGGGAGCGGAGUGGGGCAGGGGAUAGAGAGCCAAGCCUGACCCAGGGCACUAGCCCCACCUGCCCCUGCUCAGGGCUCCGGAUGCUGCCACAUCCCUCAAGGGACCGCAAAGCCAAAGGCCCCCGUCUGCAGGGACCCCCGGACAAAGUUGAUGGAGUGGUGGAGGGGAGGCCGCAUGGGGCAGUGGAGCUGGGAAAGGGGCCAUCUCAGCCCCUGGCUGGGAGGGGGCCAGGGGCUGGCGGGGGGGCAACAUGCGGAGACCGCUGCCCGGGCACCUGGGUUCUGUUCUCAGCUCAGUCCAGUCCAGGCCACAGCACGGGAGAGCUGGGGCGAGGGGUUGGCCACUAGGCACUAGGACUCCUGGGUUUUGUGCCCACCUCUCCCCCGCCUGACAGGCCAUUAGCAAGCGCAGAGGGUCACCAGACAAUCCAGCCCCCAGCAGACGGGGCCCACCUGCACACCAUGCCCCACGCCUGGCCCUGGUUGGGCCCGUGUGGGGGGAGAGAAGAGACAAAAAGCCGUGUCCCCAGACUUCCUUGCCCUCCAGGACUAGGUGUACUUGGGAUGUGUCCAGGAGGGGAGGGUGGGAAAGGUGGGAACAGAGCAGAGGGUCCUGGUGGGCCUGGCUCCUGGUGUGGGGCCAACACAGAGAACUCUAUUUUUGUCUAAUAAAGAAUUUAUAUGAGCUUUA